AACGCAAUGCAAGUAGUCGCUCAAGUUCAGCCAAGUCCAGCGAGGAUUGAGGACUCCCAUCUCUCUUAAAGUUUCUGAUAUGGCUCAGGAUGCUCUUGAAUAUUGUGACUCCUCCCGUCCCGACAGGCUGACGCCACCACGUAACCAUGAUCACAUACUUUUCUGACCUGCUUUAACCCAGAGCGCCAUGUGUGACCUUGCAAAAGCCCUUCGGCCAGCCAGCGUUCAGAAAAGGGUUGCCUAUCUGCCAGGGGCCACAGAAAUCGCUACUUUCCCGGUCGCUGAUUGCGUGGGAGUCUUGACACCGGGGAAGGCCGAAUUCUUAUUGGGAGACAGCCUGGGGACUGGCCCUACGGAUUUGAAUUGAACUACUACUAGUACAGCCUGCUAGUAGCAGGACUAGUAAGUCUUGUGGUCGCUUGGAAGCUUGAGGGUGCUACUAAGUACUCUGCUAAUUCCCUCGGUCUGCCUACCUGCCUGCCCGUAUUGGGCAAUGGCGUCUAUCACAUUCAAGAGACGCCAGCACUAUGCAGUCUUCAAUAGUCUAGAGCUCAGACAGCAUGAGCAUCUCUGGAAGUUUCACAAGGCUGUUCGCCAGACAAAUGCCCGGAUUCUGACCCUACGAAUUUUUAAACUACCGCGGUCGACUCGCAAAUUGCGGUCUGUCCAACAGGCGUCGUCCGAUAUGAAAAAGGGUGUGGUUGCUGCCCAGUUGGUCGGCAGCGGUAACGCCCAUCCCGUAACGCCCAUCCACUUCCAACUGUUGCCCAACAACCAUGCGAUGGCUCGUGGCUUUAGGGGAGUCAGAUAUUCCAUGCCUUAUGGUUCCACUGGUUCGAACAGUUGAGCUUGUUCGCGACCCCGGAUCGCAACCAUGGAUUACCGACGGGCUCAUCCGCACGCUGUCCAUGGAACCGACCGUCGAUAAUCGUGCCCGCCAGAUCAGCAUAUCUAUUGAUGUACUCUGUACGGUACUUUGGACAAUGGAUCGGUCCCAUGCUGGAGACGCAGUCACUCUGUAGAUUCGGCUCCUUCGGUAGCAUGCCCAGCAUGGCUCUUUCCAUAAAGAGGCGCUGUAAGAGACACUGUAGGCUUCUACUCAACCUCGCCACAGUGCUAGGCACCCAGGGUAGGACAAGCU